CUCCAACGGCUCUCUCUACAGCUCAGCUUUUUCCAGGGCGAGAUUCCGUAUGAAUCACACAGAUCAGUUGCAGAUAUUGCCAGUAGAUCUACUAGGGUUCUUCCGACUCCGAAGUUAGGGUUUUUGUUAUCUUUUAAACGGUAUUUUGUUUAUUUGAUUCAAUGGCUUCUGAAACCCUAGAAGAUAAGAAGCCCGACGAAGACGUGCCCGCCGAAGAGAAAGCAGUUGCUGAAGAAAGAGAUGAAGAGAAAGGAACUUCUGAGACGGCGGAGAAGGAUGUUUCCGAGGAGGAGAAAGUGAAAGAAGUAGAAGAGGAACAAGAGACUGUGGAGGAAGAGAAGAAGACUGAUGAGGAUGUAGAACCAAGCGAGAAGGCCAAAACAAGUCGAAAGCGCAGCUCGAAGAAAGGUGGUGGUGGUGGGGAGUUGAAGAAAUCGGGGGAAGAAUCAGCUCAGAAGCAGCCAAAAAAGAGGAAUUUGAUAUCUAAGGAACCGGUCACACCUGUGGACAGACCUGCUCGAGAGAGGAAAUCCGUUGAACGGUACUCGGCAUUGUCUUCUGAAAAGGUUCCUGCAACUAAGGGGCUGUCAAUUGAGAAGGGUCGUGGUACUCAGCUUAAAGAUAUUCCCAACGUGGCUUUCAAGUUGUCAAAGAGAAAACCUGAUGAAAACCUGCAGUUGCUUCACACAAUUCUUUUUGGAAAGAAAGCCAAGGUGCACAUUUUGAAGAGAAAUAUAGGCCAGUUUUCUGGCUAUGUGUGGCUUCAGAAUGAGUCUCCUCUGCAGGAAAAACAACGGACAAAAGUGAAAGAAAAGAUUGACAAAUUUAUCAAAGAAAAAUUGUUGGACUUCUGUGAUGUGCUUGAUAUUCCAGUUUCCAAGGCCACUACAAGAAAGGAAGAGCUGUCAGCAAAGUUAUUGGAAUUUUUGGAAUCUCCACAUGCUACUACCGAAGUCUUGCUUGCAGACAAGGAACUGUCACAGAAAGGUAAAAAACGAAAGAGGAAGGCGACUGCUGGUACAAGAGUAACAUCUGGCAAAGCAUCUGGACAUGGAUCAAACAAGAAACGGAAACAAAGCCCUGAAACUACAAAUAAAGAAAAGCAUAUCUCUAAAGUUGAGGAAGAAGUUGAGGAUGAAGAUGAAUCUGGUUCUGCUGGCACUAGAGAUGAUCCUGAUGAAGGUGAUGACAGUGAUAGGGUUCAGAAGGAAGAGAGUAGUGAUGAGGGUGAGAGUGAAUCAGAGAAUGCCGAAGACAAAACAAAUGAGCAUAUGGAAAGCGUAAAAGGCUCUAUUAAGAACAUCAAGGGCUCUGAGGCCAAGGCCAAGACCAAGACCAAAGCUACUCAUGUCAAAAUGAGAACACCAACAAAAUCUGUAAAAUCCUCUGCAAAAUCUGUAAAAGGCUCUUCAACACCUUCUUUCAAAAAAGGUGCUGCUACUGAUGAUAGAGUUUCUGCUUCACCUACUAAAUCCAAGGCAUCAGCAAUUAAAAAAGGGUCAGAGGAUGACAAGAGAAGUGCAAAGCAUAAGGGUACACCAGUGAAAGACAAAUCAACAAGCAAAAAACAGCCACGCAAGUCUGGGGCAAAGGUUUCUGUGAAGGAUCAAGGAGCUGGUAAGGCUAGCAAGAAGGCGAAGGCUGAGCCAAGCAGAGGAGCAAUGCAUGCUGUAGUCAAUGAUAUAAUGAAAGAAGUGGAUUUCAAUACAGCAACCUUGUCAGAUAUUAUCAGGCAACUAGGAACCCACUUUGGUAUGGAUCUAAUGCACAGAAAGGCAGAAGUGAAGGGUAUAAUUGAAGAAGUUAUAAACAACAUGACUGAUGAGGAGGAUGGUGAGGAUGAUGAGAAUACUGAACAAGCUGAGGGUGAAGCUGAUGAUAAGGCAGACGAAGAAAAUGACGACUAGCUCAUUCAAAUUAGGGGGA